UUUAGAAGCUACAGCUUGUCAGAAAUAAGGGUUUAUAAAUAUUAGCAGAAAAAAGCUAUUAUUUAGUAGAAUUAAUGUAGACAUUUUCGAAUAUCACUUUAGUGUUUUAUGCAUGUUCACUAUAUGUGAAAUUAAUUCGCUUAUCCGGGACAUUUUGGUACUUGAUGUCAGCUGCAAUUGGUACACAAUACACUAAAUGAAAUAAACAGAAUGGAAGUAGUGGUUUAUUUGGCACUGUUUGUGUUGGCUUCUGUGUUUUGUUUUUCAUCAUUCAUACUGAUUAUUAUGUGUCGACGACGUGCACAGGCAAGAGGACGUUUGCGUGCGGCGAUGACAUCAUUGCGUUUUACUAAAGUUAAUAACGAAAAUGUAGAAAGCGUGGUGCAGCUUGGACCUCUUAUUGCCCAAAUUCUUGAUAACAAUCAGUGGAUUUAUGAUGUUUCCGGAAUGCUGCAGCAUUGCGUUGUAGUUUUGAAACUGUGCCAUGCUUUAACUGAAAAACUCUCUGUAAUUCAGCUUAAUUCAAUUGCACCAAAACUCAAUGAGCAAGUUGUUACAGCUACUGCACGAAUUAUGCCUCGUUUCGAUGAUUUGAUACGAACAGUGGCUGCUGGCCAAGUAGACGUACGUUUGUUGGAAGCUCGUGCUUCGUCACUUGUCAGUGCUUGUUGGGCGCUCGCGUUUCCUUUUACAGUAAUUAGUCCGAAACAUAUGGAUUCACUGGAUGGAGUUUUAAAUGAAAUGGAGGAUCAUGUUGAGGCGCUACGUUUGAUUGUUCGACACAUGGAAGAAAACUUCAUGGUACGAGAAAAAAAUGCUGACCGAAAAUUGCCAUCAUCAUUAGCAGUUAUUGAGGAGACACCGCUCAUGGAAUCUUCCACGAACAGAAAUGAUUCUACAACCGAUUCUGUACAUAGCGAUGAAGCUCCAGCUGAUCCAAUGGCACCGACAAAAUAAGUUUAUCUCCAGCAGUGGUCGAUGAUCAAAAAUUGCAAACUGAGACCCGUCUGUUUCAAUACGACACUGAUUUCUAUUUUCGUUGCUUUUUUACUCUUUAUAUUGGUUGGAGAAAUAUAUGUGU